AUGGGGAAGAGAAAGAGGUGCGAUAUGAAUGAUGAAGAAAAUAUGAAUGAACUUCCGCCGUCAAAACUGGCCUUCACAGACGAUCCUGAUAGAAAUUCUAGCCAGGAACAUACUGAUUUUGGUGAUCCUCUUCCAGCUUCCUUACAACAAAUUGAGGCUGACCUGAGAAAGGUCAUGGACGAUUUUGUCCAGGUCUAUGAGAGGCUUGACACGGGUGAUGAUCCAACAAAGAAGCCAAACUACUCCUAUACCGAACUUGUGUAUCUGGCUGUCUUGAGGUCGCCGAACUUCUGUCUACCCAUCACAGAGAUUUACAGAUACAUCAAGAGCAGAUUUACUUUUUUCCGGGACUCGCACAGAACUCAUUGGAAGAAUGCCGUUAGACACAGCCUAUCAAAGACAAAAUGUUUCACAAAAAUUGCGGUCGGAAAACGACAUGGAAUCCCGGGUCUGCCGAACCGAUCAUCAUUUCUUUGGUGUAUUCUUCCCAACAGUAUCGUGAGCUUUGCCAGGGGAGACUACCGACCAUCGGUGGACAAAGAAAGUGGCAUGAACACUCUCAGAUGGGGUUACUAUAAGGUCAAUGCCGGUCAGUUCUGGAGCCAAGUGGCUGUAUACCUGGAGAAGAAAUUCGAGAGCUUCCGAUUAGUGGUGUCCGCCAGCAGCGACCCCAGACAAAUCGUAAAGUUUCAGAUUUGCUCUCUACCGGAUACACCUGUACAGUCUGGGUACGUCGAAACACCGGAAGUGGUGAAGCACGUCACUGACAGCUCAGGAGAUAUUCUCAGCACAAAUUUCCAUGUACGAUAUGGAGUGGAAUCCGAUUUCCUAAGCAAACAAGAUAUGGAAAAAUCUACUGAUACUGGAAAUUCCUCGACAGACGACGAUUUUUCUCCAAAAUCAUCCUCAUUAUCGGCAUCCAUUAAUGACAGUGGUCACGAAACUCUAGAGUCGAGUCCAGAGGAACUCAGUGCCGAUUUGUGUUCUUGGAGGCAUCCAAGACAUAAUCUUAAUUCCUCGUACCUAUCAUUUUUGCCUUCAUAUCCCAGUAAUGGUCGUUUAACGCCUGAAUUACCUGAUCUUGGACACGUAAGUCCGUUUGAAUUGUCUCCCUUGUCCAACCACGGUGCCUCACCACCACCAUCCUUGCUGACGUCAACACAGAAUCUCUUACGUAUAUCACCCGUUCCGAUGAUGUCACCUUCUUAUUCAGAAUCCUACAACUCUUACUAUUCCCCGUAUCAGUCGAGUCACGUGAUGUAUCCAGCUCUCCAUGAUCUUGCCUAUCCGUACCCAGUCAACUACUAUCCGAUUCAAGGAAACGAUCCAAUGUUGUCUAUGACGCCGGAAUGGACAGGGAUGUGA